AUGAUUUUUCUCAACCAGAAUUCUUUUCAGGACACACAGACAGAUUUGGAGGUGAUUUUAGAAUUCCUAGAGGAGUACUACCGGGAAAAUACUGGAGAAAAUGCGGACAAGGUGUACUGGACUUCAGGUGUGCCUUCGAAUGAAGCCUCAUAUGAGCAACACUGGACGUGCUAUGAGUCACCUAACAUCAAACCUCCACUUCAGCCCUUGUCAUUACAUGAUGUCUCUGCACACACAGGGACAUUGUCUGAGUGUGGGUCACUGCCAAACUCUGAAUCAACAGUACAAUUAACUAAACACCAGGCCACAGCAGCGGGGAGUGGUAGAAAGGUGCGUCUGUUUCACUUUCUCUUUGAGAUGUUGGAAGACCCUGCUAUGGCCCACUGUGUGUCCUGGGUCCCAACAUCCACUGGGGUUUUUCGCUUCUCCUCCAGGAAUAAGGACCAGGUGGCAGCGCUGUGGGGACAGAGAAAGGGCAAUAAGAGGCCCAUGACUUACCAGAAGAUGUCCCGGGCACUCAGGAACUAUGCCAGAUCUGGAGAGAUCUUCAAGGUGAAGAAGAAGCUCACCUACCGGUUUAGCCAAAACACUCUGAUGCUUCUACAGAAGUGUAGCCGCAAAGAUUUGUAA